AUGAGUCCUGGGCUCAUCGCCAUGUACAUCUUCUCACACCCCGUGAUCGUUCGAUGGAUAGAGAAGUACCACCAGAGGUCAUUAGACAUGCACCCUCACCAAGCUAAACAUGGAGUGUUGCAUUCAGCCUUCGGAAACUCCGGUGUCUUGUGGUCAAUCUGGGAGUUCAUGUAUGCGGGGUACAUCGCCCUUGCUUGUUUCCAUUUACAGUCAUUGGUGGGACGGGGAAUGGUGCUUGAACUUCUGCCCUUGAUGAUAUCAUUCAGCGAUUUGUCUGGCGAUGAAAAAUGCACUUCUUCGAAAAGCUAA